AUGACAAGUAAGGGUGCCCUUGAGGCACUGGACCGGUCACUGAAAGGUAUUAGGGAUUCUACAGCUUCUAUGAGUGGUGUAACUCUAUUGCUUUCAGGAGAUUUCUGGCAAACACUUCCUGUCAUCCCUAAAGGGAGCCAGGCUGAUGAAGCGCGUGCAUGCCUUAAGUCAUCGACGUUGUGGCUCCAGGUUAAGACCUUAAGUCUAAGCGCAAACAUGUGUGCACACUUGCUUGGUGAUAGCACGUCUGCAGCAUUUGCUGAAGUCAUUUUAACCCUUGGAGAAGAUCCACCUGAUAUUACUGCACCAGAUAAUGUGACAUUAUUUGAGAAUCAAGCAUCCAUUAUAGACUGUAAUGCAAAAGGAAACCCUACCCCAGAAGUGUGGUUGGAGAAUGAAAAUCGAAAAUUCCUUUCAAAUUCAAUAUUAACUUUUAAUCGUAAAAAUAUCAGUCGUGUUUUCUGCUCUGCCAUUGCAAAGAGUGAAAAGAAUGGAAAUUUCCGAGAUAGAAAGGAAAUUAAUAUCCUGUUGAAAUAUCCUCCUCAAGUAAACUUUAAUAUUUCAAAAAAGACAAAUAAAAUAAUAAUUAGUUGCACUGCAUCUGGUGGAAAUCCAGCAAAUCAUAAAUAUGAACUGAAGCAAAAAUGGGGAAACACCACUAAGAAUACUUAUGAUAUAAAAGUAUUAUCUAUAAAUCCUUCCUUCAGUAAUACUGGUACAUGGGAGUGUCAUGUAAGCAAUGAUGAUUUUCUUGUGAUUAAGUCAUCAAACUACAAAAUUCCAGUGAGACCUAUGUUCAGUUCAGGAUCAAAUUGUCCAAAAAAGAGAAAUGUUUCCAAUGGAGAAACUGUAAUUUUGAAACAGUGUUUUUAUUCGCAUCCAAAAUCUGAUGUAAAAUGGCAGAAAAAUGAGGAAUCAAUUGACUCAAACAAAUAUUUAAUAACUGAUUAUUUACAAGAUGAGUUUCCUUUCAAAGGAAGCUGUACUAGUUUGAAGAUAGAAGACACCAAAGAUGAUGUUAUAGAUACUUAUACCUUAACAGUGGAAAACUCAGAAGGAAAAGAAACUGUUGUUUUUACUUUGAGAUAUAAGAAAAAGCAAGAAAUACCUAUGGAAAUAAUUAUUGGUUGCACUGUCGGAAUUGUAUUAUUAUUAAUAAUAAUGGGUCUUACUUAUAUAUUCUACAAAAGAGGAG